AUGUACAAGUUCGUUCUUUUCUGUGCAUUCAUUGCCCUGGUAGGGAGCUAUCCUCAACAAUUUGCGACGAAGAAAUUCAAAGUUGGAAUUGAAUAUGAUGGUUCUUUGCCCAUGAAAGGGGGAUCAGAUAGAUAUCGACACAGGAACAACUAUGAUCCGUUUUUCGUCACUGUCACUACUUCAUCUAAGUCCGGCUUCGUAAUCUCGUACAUAGAGGUCACCGCGACUACAGAUAUAGACGGAGACGUGCAGUUUAACCUCAUGCGGGGUCAGACCGGAUCCCGUAGCAUGGUCUUCCAACUGGUCUCUAAUCAAAGCGAAUUCCUCUCAUACUCCUACCUAGUAUACGGUAUCAAAGAAGAGGAAUACAAAAAGGUGACGCAAGUGUCUUUAAUUAAUAGCUCGCCAACAUAAUAACCAUUCCAAUGAAAAACUUCAGCGAUCGGCUACGGUAUAAUUGCUUCUCGAUU